AUGCAAAUCUGUAAGAUUGUGAAGUUAGCUCAGUGCAUGGAAAACGUGGAAGAGGAUCCCGGCCAAGUAGCUUGCUUACUCGUUCAAUUUCUUCUUGCGACCCAACUGCUGUCAACGGUGGUGCGGGGAGGCCAGGCAGUUGAGGCUUUGGGAAAGGAAGUGGGGGAGGACCAUUCGGUAGUUCCGGCCGUGGAGGAUAAUGAGGUGGAGGUCCCAGACGCUCGUGAGAAUCUACAGUGGUAA